AUGGAGACGCCCCUUUCCUUUGGAUGGAAGCCUCUCAACAUUGAUCGCUAUGAUGGCACUACCGACCCAGAUGAACACGUCGAUCUGUACAUCACCCUCAAACAGGGCGACGACGAACCUUUGAGGACAUUCAUGAAGUGUUUUGCUGGCAUCUCCGUCAAAAUCCGCAACCUAAAUCCCGAGGUCGCCCUACACGCCACGCUCAUGGCACUCAAGCCAGGACCCUUUGUUGACAGCCUGUGUCGACGACCUCCCUCGGACAUGGACGAGCUCCGUGCCCAAGUUGCGAGGUACAUUCAGAUGGAAGAGCACACUGCUUUCCGCGACCAAGUUCAUGGGAAGCCACAGGAAAAGCCAGACCACGGCCACAAAGAUAAGGUGAAAGUCACCAAUGAUAGCCAAUUCAAGAAGGCUAGGGCAAGCAAAGGAGGGAGGUAUGACUUCUAUACUCCCUUGAACGCGCCCUGA